AUGCUAGAGCUAAGCAGCUUGACCUUCCAGGACCUCCUCUCGCCCAGCCCGCACGGCGCCAGCUCCCAGCCGAGGCAGCGAGACCGCCCCCGCCGCUGCCGCGACAGAGCCGCUUCUCGGGGCCCGGGGGCAGGCCUCGCGCACGCCGCUGCUGGACGGCGCUGCUCCGCCCACGCGUCCUGGCCGCGGAGGCCUUUGCCCAGGCGAGCGGCCAUGGCCGGCGAGGAGGAGCUGCCCGACUUCGACGAGGAGGAGAGGGCGGAGGCGAAGGAGGAGCCCAAGGAAGGCGAUGACGGCAAGAAGAAGGGCGGCUUCGCCACGAUCCACUCCUCAGGCUUCCGCGACUUCCUGCUGAAGGCCGAGCUCAUGCGCGCCAUCGUGGACUGCGGCUUUGAGCAUCCAUCGGAGGUGCAGCAUGAGUGCAUUCCACAGGCCAUUCUCGGGACCGACAUCCUUUGCCAGGCCAAGUCGGGCAUGGGCAAAACGGCCGUCUUCGUGCUGGCCUGCCUGCAACAGAUCGACACUUCG